AUGGACCACAUAUUUCCUUCGUUGCAGGAUGCAAGUCGGCCCAGCACCACCCCGCGCAGCCAUUAUUCGACUUCCCUGAAAUGCUGUUGUGGGAGAUCAGAAUGCGCUUAUCUUCAACAUAACAACGCUGCACUGGCGGAUCUAGAAAAGGACGUUGAAACUGCCGCCCAGUUAGGCCAGGCUUUGCUACAGCGUCAUGAGGCUUAUAUAACAGAUGCAGAAGGAGAUCGGAGCAGACUGCUUUUGGAAAUGGAAAAUCUCGAGAGAGAUAAACGUGAGGCGCAAGCCGAAAACGCACGAAUUAUCGAAGAAAAUCGUGAGCUCUUGGAACAGUUGGAGGAAAUGAACAAGGCGAUCGCUGAAUCGGAUGCUCAGAUCAAGUCUCUUACAAUGACCCUGGAAAGUUCGCAGUUGCAAGUUAAACAACUGUCGGUUUCGGCGUCGCGAGUAUCGCAGCUCGAGUCUCAAAUUGAUGUGAUGGAGAAGGAACAGGAAGAGCUGCAGGUCAAACUUAUCGUUACUGAAGAAGAUGAGAAAUCCGCAGUCCAGCGGUGGAGACAGGCUGAGUGCACUUUGCGAGACCUUGAAGGUCAACUGGAGAGAAUAGAGAGGAAAUCGAGGGAGGAGCAGGAGAAACAUGCGGAGCUACUUAGGCGAAUGGAGUUGCAUAGGACGGUUAAAGAAGAAUUGGAUACCGCUGCAGGUCGACUUAAAGGUGCUUCAGCAACAUCGCCAAUUGGUCAGAGGAAGCCAGGAGUGGUUACCAGUUUCGUGCGCGACAUUCUACAGGAUAAUGCGAACCUGCAAAUGGGCAUCGUCGAGCUCAGAGAGAUGCUUCAGGCCUCAAAUGAGGAGGUAGAGAACUUGAGAGAACUGAUUCUCCUACAUCAACCAUUGGCAUUGGAGACAGAUGACCGAAUACCUCAACAUAAGAAAAUCUCGCUUCGUGAUGAACUGGAUGCGAAAUUGCCUCCAGCAGCUUCUCAGGAGUUCCAUGUCCAUCAUCACUACCACUCACCAACCCAAAGCUUACCCCAGCGUAAGGAAAAGGCGCAAACUCCCUUACACCGUCACCAAAGGAAAAGGAGACCCCUGAUAUCCUCGCCAAUCCUCGAAUCUCAGUCUCGGCCCUCUUCGCGCCUAUCCCGAAUCUCACAUAGUGCACAUGGUUCUGUUUCAUCACCAUCCACCAUACUUUCACAAACUUCGGUCUCCAUCCCUUCAGCCUCUAGCAACCGCCACUGUUCCAUUCAAUCCUCAUCCGUAGUGCCAGCGUCGAUCUGCUCAUCAAUACCUAGUUCCCCACAAUCCGUCUAUAGAACUUCGUCCAUAUUCGAUCGUGUGGAUCAUGGUUUUGAUUCUUCUCGACCCACUAGUCCCGAGAGCAAUGGGUUCGCAUCUCCCAGUAUCAGGCCAUAUCAUCACCGCAAAGGAUUGUCCGAUAUGCCGAUACGACCUAUAUCAGUUCCCCCUGAAUUGCAAAAUAUGUCUGCAGGUUUAUCGGGAGGUAUAAACCAAGGACGCGAUGAUACCGUUGAAUCUACAUAUUAUUCUGCUGAUGAAAGAAUACCCCCAUACUUCCAACCUCCCAUCCCGGAAGAGAGGGAAACUCCAACUGAGGAAAUCACGAAUGAACAAGGGAUGCAAUACACAGCUUUCCCUGUUCCUGUCGAAGAACCAGAUCCAUUCUCUCCACUGUUAUAUAACACAGUGAAACGCGCAUCUUCACACGAAAGCCUCCUCUCCAUUUCAGGGAUGGACAUCCAUACACUCCGCUCCCGCCCAUCCCAAAUGCUCAGCCCCUAUUCAGCCCUCCCUAUUAGAGCACCAAGCCACCUCACUUCCGCUUGUACGGAAUUGUCCUUCACUCCCCCCGUCAUAUCUCCAAUGAACAUUAUCGCCCCUAGAGUGUCACUUAGAGACGGGAAUAAAGGCCCUGACUCUCGAUCGCUGCUCUCGUCAUUCGUCGCCGCGCCGGCGGAAGGGAACUCCAACGCAACACCAUCUGGAGCCCUACCAAAUAACAUCCCAUACCUCCGCCAUGCAGACCGUUUCAGCAAGCGGGUUGGCGGAUGGGUCUUUGGCAGAUGGGGUAUGGCCCCGAUCGCAUCUCCGCGAACUGGGGACCUGAGUUCACCCAGAUCAUCGUUUGCAUCCCCAUCGCGCCCUCCAAAUGCACCAUCAGUCUCAGCAGCGUCGUCUGCGUCGACAUUAGCCUCCGCUCCGUCUGUUCCCUCACCGAGAACUUCAUCAACAGCGAGGGCGUCAGCGGCGGUAGUAUUCAGACCACCCGGGGUAAACCAAAUUGGGACAAUCUUAGGCUUGCGCCCUCCAGGAAAGCCGCCUAUGGAUGUACAACCCAUGGUCAUUAAUGAAGAUUUACUGCAGGAAAGUUUGCUUGAGUAG